CUCUCUCCAUAUGCUCCCAGGCAAGCUCAGCUUCAUGGUACCGCAAUACUUUUGAUGUAAUUGAGAUUUCCUUCAUUACUCUACAUUUGGGGAUUUCAAGUCCUGAUAAAAGAGAGAAGAAUGAGCCGCGGGGACGGUUUAAGAGCCAACUCCUCUCAGUUCACUCUGGGGGGAGAACCCUUCCGCAUCCUGGGGGGCUCCAUCCACUACUUCCGUGUCCCCCGAGCCUACUGGGAGGACCGGCUGCUGAAGAUGAAGGCCUGUGGCCUCAACACCCUCACCACAUACGUGCCAUGGAAUCUGCAUGAGCCUCAGAGAGGAACCUUCAACUUUCAGGAUCAGCUUGACCUAACGGCCUACUUCACUUUAGCAGCCCAGCUGGGUCUGUGGGUGAUCCUGCGUCCUGGACCUUACAUCUGCGCUGAAUGGGACUUGGGCGGGUUGCCAAGCUGGUUGUUACAAGAUAAAGGUAUGCGGUUGAGGACUACUUAUCCUGGGUUUGUGGAUGCUGUCAAUCUCUACUUUGACAAGCUUGUUGCCGUUAUCAAACCUCUGAUGUUUCGAGAGGGAGGCCCCGUCAUCGCGGUUCAGGUCGAGAAUGAGUACGGUUCAUAUGCCAAAGAUGUCAAGUACAUGCCGCUGAUACAGAAUCUCCUCCAGUCCAGAGGGAUCAAAGAGCUUCUGCUAACUUCUGACAACUGGGAGGGCCUGAGUUACGCAGCGAUGGAGGGAGUUCUAAAAACGAUAAACCUUCAGAGACUGUCCUUCGGAGCUAUUCAGCGCCUAGCUGACAUGCAGCCCCAGAAACCCUUAAUGGUGAUGGAGUAUUGGUCGGGCUGGUUUGACGUCUGGGGAGGACGUCACCACGUGUUCCACUCCGAGGACAUGCUGCCUGUUGUGUCCGAGCUCCUGACGAGAGGCGUCUCCAUCAAUCUGUACAUGUUUCAUGGGGGAACCAGCUUUGGCUUCAUGAAUGGAGCAAUGGACGUUGACACCUACAAACCUCAGGUCACCAGUUACGAUUACGACGCUCCACUUUCUGAGGCUGGAGAUUGCACCGUGAAAUAUCGACUCUUGAGGAAUUUACUCAGCCAGUUCCACUCGGAGCCUCUUCCCGUGGAGCCCGUUCCCCAGGAGAGGAGAGCAUACGAGCCUGCAGCCAUCCAGCAGCACCUGUCACUGUGGGACAGCCUGCCCUUCACCGACAAGGUAAGCUACAGCCCACCCCCUCACAAUCCCCCGGCCCCCCUCUGUACACGUUUCGGCAUGUCUCAUUUUGUUCACUCUUUACUAAAUAGCUUUCACGUCUUUUGUGCAUUGAAGGGAGAGGUCACCUUGAGCCUGCUUGUGGAGAACUGUGGAAGAGUGAAUUAUGGAAAAGCCCUCGAUGAACAGCGCAAAGGCAUUGUGGGAGACAUUCUGUUGAAUCACACCCCACUGAUAGGAUUUACCAUCUUCUGUCUGGAUAUGAAGCCAGGCUUUGUGAACAGUUUAAUGCAUUCAGGUCAGUGGAAGUCUGACUUCAAGUCGCCAUCGAUUCCAGGAUUCUUCCGGGCCAGGCUGUAUGUAGAUGGUCCUCCCAGAGACACCUUCCUCCGACUCCCUGGUUGGGGUAAAGGAGUCGUGUUUGUCAAUGGGAAGAACCUCGGACGUCAUUGGUGCAUCGGUCCUCAGCUCUUCCUUUAUCUCCCAGGACCAUGGCUGAGAAGUGGAGAGAACCAGAUAAUUGUUUUUGAGGAACAACAAGUGGAUGACAAAAUACAGUUUGCUGAAAAUCCUGAUCAUGGAAGGACAAUUGAUGUUUACAAACUCCCCUUUUGCACACUGCUGUGAAGAUUAUGUCAACAACAACACAAGCAGUUUGAUGCACACACAUUGGGUUCAUUGAUUCUCAUAAUAUUUAAAGCUAUCAAUUCACUAAUCAUAUUUUAAAAGGCUAAAGCAUGUAAAAAUGUGACAUGUUGUCAUUGAUGCAAUUGAUUCUGCUGCUUUCAGCAAUGUAACCACGUUUUAAAAUAAACUAUUUCUGAUUCUG